UGUAGUCUAGACUCAACUAGAGAACAUCGAACUCUUACUUCGCAUGCGGGCGAGUUUAAUUUCUGUCGGUAGGCAGAAUCUAUCCCUCGCAGUUGCAGGCCAAGAAGGGGCGGUUCCUGCAGUUCGAUAUAAGCGGCAGCUCGACGCGUCCUCUGGCACCCGACCGAGGAAGCUCCACCUCACCCGACAUCGUCGCGUCGCUUUCGUUUCUGGGAUCGAGCAGUCCCUUUGGCUGUCGGACAAGACGCGAGGUUUAGAAGACAAAGGAGGCAAAGGAAGUACUUUUCAAGUUUCAGCUAACACAGCCAACAUGCAAGGAGAAUCUCAAUCCAGUGCAUGCGAGGAAAAAGUGAAAAAGGAAGAGUUAAGAGUCAAGCUGAAGAGCAAGGCUACAGACCCAGAUGAUGUGCCGGAAGAGAAGACUGAGAUGGAAAUGGAAUUAAAGACCAAAACUGUGGAGAAAAUCAAGCCACAUCAUGAGAAAGACAAGAAGGAGAAGCUUAAAAAAGAGGAUAAGGAGAAAUCGAAGAAAAUGGAUGUGGGUGAAAGGAAGGAAAAGGACAAAGGGAGAAAGGGCAAAGAAUGCGAUUGUGAUGACGGCGAUAAUGAUGAAGUCAGGACAGGUGAAGAGGAAGCGAGGGAGAAAGAGAAGAAGGAGAAAUGCAGUAUUAAUGGUGAUCAAGAUAAAAGAAUUGAGAAUGAUGAGUCCCUGGAGACUAAGAAAAAGAAAGGGAAUAAGAAAGAGAAUAAGUAUGAGAAAGGCAAGGAAAAAGAAGAGAUGGAUACAGAGAAACGCGGUGGGGAUUCAGAGGACAGUGAAGAAUAUUGUAAGAGGAAGAAAAAAGAGAAACAUAAGGACAAGAAUGUCAAGAAGGGAAAUGAUGAGAACUCCAAGGAGAAAGGAGUAAAGAAGAUUAGAAGUGACGACAGAGAGGAGGAGAAGAAAAAGGGAAGCGAAGAAUACAUAGAGAUAUAUGAAGGGAGGGCAAAUGAUGAGGAGCAAAAGAAGGAUAUACAUGGGAAAGAGAAAUAUAAAGGCAAGAAAAAGGAUGAAAAACACAAGGAGAAAGAUAAAUCUAAAGGAAAAGAGGAUGACGAUUUGGAUAAAGGAGAAAAGAAUAAGAAAAAGGAUAAGGAAGAGAAAGAGAAGGAUAAGCACAAGAAUGCAGCAGAUGAGCAAAAAGGCACAAAACAUGAGGAGGAAGAUAAGAAGAACCUAGAAAAAAUCAAGGAGAAGGAAGAGGAAAGGAAGCACAAGGAUAGAGAGGAUGUGGAGAAACAAGAUGAAGAUGAGGAACAAGUAGACUGUGAGAAAGAGCGAAAGAAGAAGGAGAAGAAAGAGAAGGAAAAGCAAAGGGGCGACUCAGAUGCGGAAACAGCAGAUGAAGAUAAGGGGAAAGGGGAGAAGAAAGAGAAGAAGAAGAAGAAGACCAAGAAAACUGAUGUAGGAAAAGAAGAGAAAGAAGAGAAGCUAAAGAAGAAAGGGAAGAAGCAUGAUGAUGGACCGGAUGAUAGAAACGAAGAGGAGGAGAAAGGAGACGUUAAAAAAAAGAAUCAGAAGGUUGAAGAGGGUAUGACUGAAAUUACUAAAAGAGAGAUUGAAUUAUGCGAAGAUGCUAACAAAUCUGAAGGAGAAGGGCAAAAUGAAAAUCAGAAAGGUGAGGAAGUUGAUAAGAAGGAAAAGGACGAGAAGGUUAAGGGUGACAAGAAAAGAAAGCUUGAUGGGAAGGAGAAGAUUAAAGAUCUUGACAAGCUAAAACAGAAGUUGGAGAAAGUAAAUAGUAAAAUCGAAGCUCUUCUGGAGAAGAAGUCGGAAAUCUUGAGGCAACUAAAUGAGGCUGAGCACGCAGAGACGUCUACUAGUGGAGCAGCUGAUGAAGUUAAUGCAGCUUAGGGUGAUGUGUGGACACUACUCUUUUCUGUUUGUAACUAUGUCUGUUUUACUAAAGUUGUUACGUGAAUAAUGUACGCUUUUCUUUUCCUUGUUCUAUAAAUGUAACGCUCUGUGUCCUUUUUAUCUUACCUAUAGUGAGCCUCUUUUUAUAUAAAUUUCCGAAGGCUAUAGUUUUAUGUUACUAGGCCUCAAGGGAGUGCUA